AAAACAAACAAACAAAUGUGUCUGUCAAUGUCGAGCUUACAUGAACUAUUGUUAUUCUUAAUAAGUUGGGAUGUAACUACCGCAUUCUUUUGGUCCGAAUGGCCAGUAAGACCGGAAUGCCCUGAUGGAUACAAAUCUAAAGAAAUAAAAUACCUUCAAUUCAAAUGUGUUCGUCAAGACUGCCCUGCUGGAUAUUUUGGCGAUAAUUGCAAAAGAAGAUGUGCUUUUCCCUACUAUGGAAAAAAUUGUCAAUCGAUAUGUGAUUGUGGCAGAAAAUUAUGUGAUUUUCUGAAAGGAUGUCCUACUCCAUUUCCUUUCUGUCCUGAUGGAUACCUCGGUAAAUACUGUGAGACGGAAUGUCGCUAUCCAAACUAUGGUCAACAGUGUCAACAGGAGUGUUUAUGUCCUAAGGUUCACUGCAACAUUUCCAGUGGAUGUCUUAAAUAUAUGAACGAUUCUUUCAAAAGGCAUCCAACAAAGCCAUCAAACAACACGUCAACACAUGCAAAGGUUGACGAAACGUACAAUAUAGCUACGCUAGAAAAUCCAUCAACCAUCUCACGGAAGGGCACGGAUCAACAUAUUUGUCCUGACGGUUUCCAUGGUAGUAAUUGUAAAACGCCUUGUCGAUACCCUAGCUACGGAGCUUACUGUCAGAAGAAGUGUUCUUGUUCAAGAAUCUUGUGCAAUGCCACUUCUGGAUGCCCGAGGUCAAAUCAUGAAGAGAAAAAUCGGUCUUUUGCAACAAGGAGGUCAACUGUUUUUUUUGCAAGUUCAGCAAGGACAACAGAUGAAAAAGGUAUUAAGCUAAUAACGGGAGGCAAAGUAUACCAAAAAGAAAUUGCAGUUGUAUAUACAGAAGGAAAGAUGGAAGCAAAAGCACGUCAUCAAGUAAAAGGAAUUCCCAGUGUAAAUAUUGAAAUUUUAUGGAGUAUCGUGGUAUUGGCUGUGCUAACCGUCUCCCUGGUCAUUGGACAUAUCUAUCUGACUUUUUCAAAACGGCUUCAAAGAAGAAGAAUACAUGUACAGAGUUCAGAAAAUGUGUAUUCUAUUGCUGAUGAUGAAUAGGUUAAACUUAAGUGGUUUAAGCUUGAAUAUAGUUUGAUGUAAAUUAACAUUUGUGAAAUUGGCUUUGAAAAUGUACAUUAAUUUUGUGGAUGAUACAAUUGGCGAAUGGGCAAUGAGGAAACUCAAUAUAGUUGUCAAAAAAUAUAACUACCCGGGUAUUGAAUUAUAUUAUGACAGCUCAGAUAGUUUGUAAGCCCGUUAAAGUCCUCAACUCAGUAUGAUACAGCUUGAAUCUAUAGAAACUUAGCAUAUGGGUGCUUAUUUAAAUUAAUAUGAUUCAGUGACUCAGUGAGCUCAGCAAAGAUUUACUUAUAUUGAGAUCUUAUGUCCUUAAGGUCAGCCUAUGAUUACUCAUACAUGUAUAAACCGUAUCCACUUUGUACAUACUACAUGUUUUGUCCUUUGAAUAAAGUAAAUAGCUUUAGGAAAAACGAAUGUGCUUUAAAACCCAAAAAUAUGGUGGAAUUUUUUUUUUAUUCAGAGAUCUUCUCAAGUAACAAAAAAAAAAUGAUUUUCUCAUUACAAUAUCACAUCAUGAUUGCAAUGAGUGCCACAUAAUUAUCAUUAACUUUGAACUUUAUAAAUUGUUCAGACCUGGUUUUGUAUUGCAAAAAAAGUUUGAAUAAAUAUUUAUAUCUGUA